UUAUCGCAACUAAAGACCCCAAACGUGGAUAGAAAGAAGACAACACACCUCACCUUCGCUUACUUCGCCCUAUUUAUACUCUUCUUUCCCCAUUACUAUCCUUCGCAUAAACUCUCCCUAUUUCUCUCUCUACCCUUCUUUCUCUCUCUUCCAAACUCAGAGGAACUUGUUUUAAUAAAAUAUAAAUAAAAUAUAUUAAAUGGCUCUCCCUGGAAAAGCCAAUAACUUAAACAGUGUUGAUAUAGAAGUUGGAAAAGAUUUAGUUUCUGAUGCAUGGGAUUGUAAUGGUCGUCCUGCUAAUCGUUCCAAAACUGGUGGUUGGAAGGCUGCUGCUAUGAUCUUAGGAGGGGAAGCAUGUGAAAGGUUGACAACAUUAGGGAUAGCGGUUAAUUUAGUGACAUAUUUAACAGGAGUAAUGCAUUUAGGCAAUGCUGCUUCUGCUAACACUGUCACUAAUUUCAUGGGUACUUCUUUUAUGCUUUGCCUCCUUGGCGGUUUCAUUGCUGACACUUUUCUUGGACGGUAUCUGACCAUAGCUAUCUUCGCCACAAUUCAAGCAUCGGGUGUGACAGUAUUGACCGUAUCAACAAUAAUCCCUAGCCUCCGGCCACCACCAUGCCCAGCCAAUUCAGAUGCGUGUACUCCGGCCUCAAAUACACAGCUCGGCGUACUCUACCUAGCGUUAUACUUAACGGCCUUAGGGACGGGUGGGGUAAAGUCGAGUGUAUCAGGUUUUGGGUCAGAUCAAUUUGAUGAAACCAAUAAGGUUGAAAAGGGACACAUGAUAAAGUUCUUUAAUUGGUUCUUUUUUUUCAUAAGUUUAGGGUCACUAGCAGCCGUGACAGUUUUGGUGUACAUCCAAGAUAAUAUGGGUAGGCAGUGGGGUUAUGGAAUUUGUGCUUGUGCAAUAAUAUUUGCGCUAGCGGUGUUCCUAUGUGGUACAAAACGAUACCGUUUUAAGAAACUAGUGGGCAGCCCCUUGACUCAAAUUGCUGCUGUAUUUGUCGUUGCUUGGAGGAAAAGGCACAUGGAACUGCCUUCAGAUUCAUCCCUUCUUUUCAAUAUUGAUGAUUUAGCUGAUGGUAGAAAAAUCAAGAAGCAGAAAUUGCCUCACAGUAAACAGUUCAGGUUUUUGGACAAGGCAGCUAUAAAAGAUCCACAAAUGCCAGCAGUUGUUACAAAGGUAAACAAAUGGUACUUGCCAACAUCAACUGAUGUAGAAGAAGUGAAAUUGGUACUUAGGAUGCUACCAAUUUGGGCCACAACCAUAAUUUUCUGGACUAUCUAUGCACAAAUGAGUACAUUCUCCGUCUCACAAGCUACCACAAUGGAUCGUCAUAUGGGGAAAUCAUUCGAAAUUCCGGCUGCAUCACUCACCGUUUUCUUUGUAGGUAGCAUCCUCCUCACUGUUCCGAUCUAUGAUCGAUUCAUCGUACCAAUUGCCAAGAAAUUCCUUCAUAACCCUCACGGACUUACACCACUUCAAAGAAUCGGUGUAGGCCUAGUAUUCUCAAUAUUUUCAAUGUUUUCUGCUGCUCUUGUUGAAAUUAGACGCUUAAAGGUUGCGCAGAAUGCAGGAUUGGUUAAUAAGCCUCAUGAAGUUGUCCCUAUAAGUGUCUUCUGGCUCAUACCACAGUUUUUCUUCGUUGGAUCCGGGGAAGCAUUCACUUAUAUCGGACAACUCGACUUUUUCUUAAGAGAGUGUCCUAAAGGAAUGAAAACUAUGAGUACUGGGCUAUUUUUAACGACACUUUCCCUAGGAUUUUUCGUUAGUUCUGUACUUGUUACAAUAGUGCAUAAAAUAACUGGCAACAGGCAUCCAUGGAUAGCAGAUAAUCUAAACCAAGGAAGAUUAGACUAUUUCUACUGGUUACUCGCAGGUUUGAGUUUGUUGAAUUUUGUUGUAUAUUUAGUAUUCGCUAAAUGGUAUGUUUACAAGGAAACCUGGCUGGCCGAAGAAGGGUACGCUGUGGAAGAAGAAGAUGGACCAAGUUGUCAUUAAUUUCAUGCUUAAGACGGUAUGAAAAUGCAUUAACAACUACAUAUUUUUUGGGUUUUUUAAUGGUGUACGUUUCUUGUAAUGUUAAAAUCAUAUAAUAGUUAUUUGCUUUCUAUAAAACUUUGCCAUGUUGCAAAGAUGUACCCGUGAAAUAAUUUAAGAGGGUACUGUGUAACAAAAAAGGGGCACCAAAAAGGAAUGGUAUAUAAUGUAUUUUGGUGAAAGUGCGAUGAGACUUGCAAUGCUUUUGUUGGUAUCAGAGAAGUAAAUGAAUUGAUGA